AGAAGAAGAAACUCGUCACUGUUCAAAACAAAAAGUUCCGCCUGUCGGUCUGGCGCCGUGUUUUCAUGAAGAUGUCUCAAAAUACUCCUGACAAAGGCGAUGACCAAACGUCCACCAACAAAAAAUCCCUUUCCCUCCCGACCUCCAGGGUGAAGCUGAUAAUGAAGAGCUCCCCGGAUGUCUCCUGCAUCAACCACGACGCGCUGUUUCUCACCACCAAGGCUACAGAGCUGUUUGUGCAGCACCUGGCUGUGUCUUCAUAUACCAACAGAGCAGAGAAAGACACCAAAUCUCUUUCAUACACCGACCUGGCUAACACCGCAGAGGAGAACGACACUUUCCAGUUUCUCACAGAUAUCCUACCAAAGAAGAUCUUGGCUGGAGAUUACCUCAAAUCUUUGGAGCAAUUGCAAGAAGAUGACAACGACGGUGACUUUUAAAGGGAACACUGGCUGCAUUUCACGUCUGGACAAAUGUUAUCAAAUGCGCACAUCCUGUCAUUUAUUGAGGGCACUGCAAUGCUUUUAAAAUACAUUGACAGAGUUAAGUUGUAGGGCUCAAGAAAGACGUUAGAGCACAUGGGACUGAAACUACAGCCACUAAGGGCAAAUGUGAAAUCAAGUGAAGACUCAAGAGUUCACGUUCAUAUACUAGAACACAGAGGAACACUGGAGCUUUAAUGUCUAAGAUAAAUACUUGAUGCCAUAAAUCUAGAAUUUAACAAUGGCCAAAACAAAGCAUACUUAGAUAAAGCAUAAUGCAAUCAGUACUCAAGAUUUUGAAAAUUUUAGUAUUUCAGAACAAUUUUCUUGAAGGUUUUCUGGUAGCAAUGUCUUACACAUUUAGUGCUUGUUUUGCAUGUGUAACGUUUAGGAGGAGGGAAGUGAUAUACAAGAUAACAACUUGCAGGCCUGUAUGGGCUCACUCCAUGCAACAGACCAACACAUAUUGGAAAUCCAUUCCACACAGCUGGUGCACAGAUGUCUCCGUUAUCACCGCAUUUAAUAUAUGACCGAGUGACUUUUAAGAUGCCAUCAAACAUUGAUUUCAAACAAGUGAAAUAUGCUGAUGUUCCUGAUUCAAAGUUAUAAAUAAAAGCUAUUUUUUUUAAAGAUAUUGUCCAUGUAUUAGUAACGGGCAGUUUAUCAUAAAUACUUGAAAGUAAAAAAUACACAUGCCGCUUUUUUUUUCUUCACACUAUAUAAUAUGUGAAUAUUUAAAGUGUAUAUAACACAUUCUCCUCAUUCAUUUGCUCAUGAAUUGUUUGGAUUUGAUUUUAAAAUAAAGAUUCAGACCAUCUGAUCAUUUAUGUUGCAUUGCAUGUAUUUACACCACAACCUUGUAGGGUAUGAAAAUGCUUUUAUUAAUGUUGAAUGAGGAUUUAAACAGGUCUGUAACAAGGUGCUCAAGGGACUAACCGUUUUACUAGACGCUGUUAGCAAGACCAUGAAAUCUUGUGCAAACUGGAAUACAACAAACUAUUUAACAGCUACGUACAUGUUCCUCAUAUCGGAUGGUGUGAGGUUUAGUCUCCUUUAUACUGAUUUUACCUUUAAGUGUAUUAAUGACAUAAGGUGCAUAUUUGGUCGACAUACAGUCUAAAAUGAUCCUGGGGAUGCAUGCAUUUGCUACAUUGUUAAACAAUACAUGAACACAUAAAUAGAGGCAACCAAUCCUUGUCAGUGUUGGAUGAGCUUGUUCAGUCGAAACUGCAUGUUAAGCAAAGUGUUCUCUAAAGUAGAAAAGUGAUUCUCCAGGAUGUUUGCCAUGUGCUCUCUCCCGUGUAUGGCGUCCCUUGUGUUGGCAAGAU